AGGGGGCAUCAGUGCAGAUAGAAAAACAGAGAGAGGGAGUCAGUCUCACUGUGAUCUGUUGGUGAGAAGAAGCUGGGGUUCAGUCUGGCUGCAGCACAGGAGACACAGAGCCCGCAUAACAGAGCUGCCUGUCGCAGGUUGCUGUCCAAGGUGCUGAAACUAAAAAGCUUUCCCUUGUGACAAGAAACUUGAUGCCAUCCAGAACUGUCAGGUCAAAAGCAAGGACGAAGGUUCCACUUCAUUGAAGAGCCCAUUGUAUCCAGAAGGGAUUAAUGGACCUCUAUUAUGGCCCAAAGGACAUAAAUCUGAGCCCAUCCCUUAUACAAUGACAAACAUGAUUUACCUGACUGUAAUAAGCAUUUUGUAUUUGCCCGUUUUACUCUUUGAGGCAUUUGUUUUGUCCAAAGGAAAGUAUGAAAGGUCAGUUGUCCCAAGCUCUGCCUCUCGUCUCGUGGCGCGAAUGGACGGGGAUGUUAUAAUAGGCGCCCUGUUUUCUGUUCAUCACCAGCCAUCAGCAGAGAAAGUGGCAGAAAGGAAAUGUGGAGAAGUCCGUGAGCAGUAUGGCAUUCAGAGAGUGGAGGCCAUGUUCCACACCCUGGAUCGAAUAAACUCUGACCCCAACCUGCUACCAAACAUCACCCUGGGUUGUGAGAUCAGAGACUCCUGCUGGCAUUCCUCUGUUGCCCUUGAACAAAGCAUAGAGUUUAUACGAGACUCUCUCAUCUCCAUCCGGGACGACACAGAGGGCUCCAAGUGGUGCAUUGAAGGAGCCCCUUCCAGUCAACCGCCUCCAACCAAGAAGCCCAUUGCUGGAGUCAUUGGACCUGGCUCCAGCUCAGUUGCAAUUCAAGUCCAAAACCUUUUGCAGUUGUUCAACAUCCCGCAGAUAGCAUAUUCUGCAACCAGCAUUGAUCUUAGCGAUAAGACAUUAUUCAAGUACUUCCUCAGAGUUGUGCCCUCAGACACCCUACAAGCCAGAGCGCUGUUGGACAUUGUCAAACGAUAUAACUGGACCUAUGUGUCUGCAGUACACACAGAGGGUAACUAUGGGGAGAGCGGGAUGGAAGCGUUCAAAGAGCUCGCCUCGCAGGAAGGCCUCUGCAUCGCUCAUUCUGACAAAAUCUACAGCAAUGCUGGGGAGAAGCACUUCGACCGGCUGCUCAGAAAGCUGCGGGAGCGUCUCCCCAAAGCCAGAGUUGUUGUCUGCUUCUGUGAAGGCAUGACAGUCCGCGGGCUGCUCAUGGCUAUGCGGCGGCUGGGAGUAGCAGGAGAGUUUCUCCUAAUUGGCAGUGACGGCUGGGCAGACCGCAUUGAGGUGGUGGAGGGGUAUGAGCAUGAAGCCGUUGGUGGCAUCACUGUGAAGCUGCACUCUGAAGAGGUCUCCUCCUUCGACAGUUACUUCCUGAAGCUCAAGCUCAGCACAAACACCCGCAAUCCAUGGUUCCCAGAGUUUUGGCAGCACCGCUUUCAGUGUCGCCUUCCUGGACACCCACAGGAGAACCUGAACUAUGCAAAAAACUGCUCAGGUUAUGAAAGUCUUGAAGAUAACUAUGUUCAAGACAGCAAGAUGGGCUUCGUCAUCAACGCCAUCUACGCCAUGGCGCAUGGUCUGCAUGACAUGCACACUCACCUCUGUCCUGGCCAUGUAGGGCUGUGUGAUAACAUGAAACCCAUUGACGGGAGCCACUUGCUGGAAUUUCUCCUUAAGACAUCUUUCACAGGAGUAUCUGGGGAAGAUAUAUGGUUCGAUGAGAACGGAGACUCACCUGGAAGGUAUGAGAUUAUGAACUUCCAACAUGUGGAGCCUGGAGUUUAUGACUACAUCAACAUCGGCUCCUGGCACGAGGGCAUGCUGAGCCUCGACGACGAAAUGUUCCAGAUGAACAGCAGCGACAUGGUCCGAUCCGUCUGCAGUGAGCCCUGCUCCAAAGGAGAAAUCAAGGUUAUUAGAAAGGGGGAGGUGAGCUGCUGCUGGAUAUGCACCCCCUGCAAAGACAACGAAUAUGUGCAGGACGAGUUCACCUGCAAGGCCUGUGAGCUGGGCUGGUGGCCUGACAAAGAACUGGAGGGUUGCGAGCCAAUCCCUCUACACUACUUGGAAUGGAGCAAUCCAGAGUCCAUCAUCCAGGUUGUCUUCUCCUGUCUGGGAAUACUGGUUACAUCAUUCGUCGCCUUCAUCUUCGUCCUAUACCGUGACACACCUGUGGUAAAAUCCUCCAGCCGGGAGCUCUGUUAUAUCAUCCUCGCAGGAAUCUUUCUGGGAUACCUGUGUCCUUUCACCCUCAUAGCGCGACCGACGGUGGCUUCCUGCUACCUACAAAGACUUCUCGUUGGGCUCUCUGCAGCCAUGUGCUACUCUGCCCUCGUGACCAAAACAAAUCGCAUUGCUCGCAUCCUGGCGGGCAGCAAGAAGAAGAUCUGUACCAGGAAGCCGAGGUUCAUGAGCGCAUGGGCUCAGGUGGUCAUUGCCUCCAUUCUGAUCAGUCUUCAACUGACUUUGGAAGUUACUCUCAUCAUCAUGGAGCCUCCUGAACCAAUCAAAUCCUACCCCAGCAUCAGAGAAGUCUUUCUGAUCUGCAACACCAGCAACCUUGGCGUUGUAGCUCCGCUGGGAUACAACGGUUUGCUCAUUAUGAGCUGCACUUACUACGCCUUCAAGACCCGAAACGUUCCCGCUAAUUUCAAUGAAGCCAAGUACAUUGCCUUCACCAUGUACACCACAUGCAUAAUCUGGCUUGCAUUUGUGCCGAUCUACUUUGGCAGCAACUACAAGAUUAUAACCACUUCCUUCUCUGUAAGCCUCAGUGUGACUGUAGCUUUGGGGUGCAUGUUCACGCCAAAAAUGUACAUCAUCAUUGCAAAGCCAGAGCGGAAUGUGCGCAGCGCGUUCACCACGUCGGAUGCCGUGCGAAUGCAUGUCGGAGAUGGCAAGAUCGCUUGCCGAAGCAGCAGCUUCCUCAACAUGUUCAAGAGGAAGAAGAAUGCAGGAAAUGGCAGUUCUAAUGGAAAGUCUGUGUCAUGGUCUGAACCAGGUGCAAGACAUCCUCCCAAAGGGGAUCAUAUGUGGCACAGACUGUCAGUGCAUGUGAAGAGACAGGAAGCAGGUUCCAAUCAGAUGGCUGUCAUCAAACCCUUAACUAAUACCUACCAAAACACUGCCCGGGAAUUCUCCGACCUCAGCACUAAAACUUUAUAUAAUGUGGCUGAGGAGGAUGAAAAUGACCCACUCACUUAUAGCUCCCCCACCACUCCCCCAAUGAUGGCCCACGGGCAGAUGCCAGCCUGUGACAUGACAAAAGAGACAGACGAGGACAUGGAGCUCUACACCCCUGAGCAUCUCCAGCAAAAUAGCAUCGUCUCUCAUCAUGGCAUCAUGGAGCACCUGCAGGAGGAGACUGUUCUGAGUAACUUCAACAGUGAUAUUCAUGAGCUGGGUGAUGAUGUCUGCAUGCCUCAGGCUGUGUCAGGCAUGCCAGUGUACCACCAGGCUCACCUGAUCCAGCAGGAACCGAUCCUGCCUGUCCAUCUCGACCCAUUCGAUGAGGAGCCUGUCUCCCCGUUAGAAGAGGAAGAGGGUAUGGACAAUGAGCAGUUUGGUCUUCUUCAGGGCUACAUGUACAACAACGCCCAGAUUCACGACGACGAGGACUUGUUGGAGGUCAAAUUAGCGAUGGAGGACUCAGUCGCCCUGAUGCCUCCCUCCCCUUUCCGUGAUUGCUCUGGUACCCCUGUAAGCCCAUUUCCCAACUCCCCAGUGUCUGAGUCCAUCUUGUGCACACCCCCAAAUGUGACCUAUGCCUCCGUUAUUCUUGGAGACCGCAAGCAGAGCUCCUCAACUCUGUGAGUUAAUGCCCUAUAUGUUCUGCUAUAUGUUCAAGUUUACAUUGACAUGCGCUGUAUGUGAUUAUAUAUGUAAGGAACAAGUUACUGUAUAGUUGUUGUAACUCAAUAGCUUUUACCUAAGUUCAGACAUUUUUUUCAAGAAUUUAAUAUAAUGUAUGCAGUAGUAAAGAUUUUGGUUCUUGCAAAGAUGCUGUAUAUUUCUAAUAAGAUUUCACUUAAUUAGACUCCGCCUUUAGUUGACAAUUACAUAAGAUUGCCGGUGGAUGCAAGUACAGUAAAUUUAUUUGUUUGAAAAACAGAUUUCUAGUCAUUCAUGACUAUAGUUUCAGUAUAAGACAACUUACUUUGACAGUUUGCUAAUAAAAUGUGUCUUGUGUUUACACAUUAAUUCUGUCCUCAUCAGAUAAAAGGAGGACUCAAGCAGGAGUUUGGUGUAAAAUCGCUAUUUUUUUCUGUUACUGUAGAAUUAGAUGAGAUGAAGAACAAGCUGCUUAUGAGUGUAAGUGCUUAGCAUAAAACCAGACAAAAUCAUAGUUUAACUACAAAAUGGCAAUAGCCUGUGGCUUCAAUCUGUCACAGACUUUCUCUAAUGCAAUGAUUACAUUUUUUUUACUCCAUUUUUAAAAUGCCCUUUUCAGUACUUGUGAGCUUUUAAGAUUCACUCCCUAAUUAUAAACAAUGAUUCUGUUUGCCUCUUCAAUCACUCACCCAUUUUGUACCCACAUGUUGCCAUUAUAUGCCCUUUGCACCCAAAGUGUUGCAGAUUUUGUAUAGUUUUGUAUUUUUGUAAUCAACAAACAGCCAAAAAACAAUUUUUUUCACAUAUAAUCUUACUUAAUUAUACUUUACAUUAAUUUAUAUUGUUUCUUAUAUCAAUCUGGAUCACUGUACUAGUAUGAAAUAUUUCAGAUUAUGCCCUGAUAAAACCAAAAGCAAUACCUACUGUAACCUUUUGUGGGUAGAAAUUAUACAACAGACUUGUGUUAUCACAUUUCUGUGCAGUAGGUUAGAAAUUUUUACUCAUUGGAAAAGGGAAUAAGUUGUUCUUAA